CUUAAAACCCUAAACCCACAAAACCCUAGAUUCCUCCUCCUCCCUCCUCUUUCUGUUCGCUUCCAUGGCUAUGGCGGACGCAGCUCCUCCACCACCCUCUUCCACCGACGCAAAUGCCAGAAUGAGCCCCAAAACGGUGCAGAGAGCCGUGAAUUCCCUCCUCAAAUGGCGGAAUUCCAAGUCCCAAACCCAAAAUCCCCAGCUUCUCGACGACGACGAGUUCGUCUACCUUAUCCUAACGCUAAAGAAAAUCCCCUCCAAAGACCGCAUCAACGCGCACAAAAUCCCUCUCCCCCACCCACUCCACGCCGGCGAAUCCUCCGAGCUCUGCCUCUUCAUCGACGACCGCCCCAAAUCCGGACUCACCAAGGACGACGCCAUGAAAAAGAUCAAGUCCGAAGGAAUCCCGGUCUCGAAGGUUCUCAAGCUCUCCAAGCUCAAGUCCGAUUACCGGCCUUUCGAGGCGAAGCGGAAGCUCUGCGAUUCGUACGACAUGUUUUUCGCCGAUAAGCGGGUGGUUCCGCUUCUGCCGAGGUUGCUCGGGAAGCAUUUCUUCAAGAAGAGGAAGAUUCCGGUGCCGGUGGACUUGAAGCAUCAGAAUUGGAAGGAGCAGAUCGAGAAGGCCUGCGGUUCGGCGCUGCUGUUUCUGAGGACCGGGACGUGUAGUGUGGUGCGGGUUGCGAAGGCGUCGAUGGGGGCGGCGGAGAUUGCGGAGAAUGCGAUGGCGGCGAUUAAUGGGAUUGCGGAGAUUGUGCCGAGGAAGUGGGGGAAUGUGAGGUCUUUUCAUUUGAAGUUGUUGGAGUCUGUGGCGUUGCCGGUUUAUCAGGCGUUGCCUGAUAUCAAGUUGAAGAUUGAGGGAAUUAAGGAGGACGAAGAGAAGAAGACAGAGAAAGGGGAAGGGGAUAAGAGAGUUGGUGAGGAUGAGAAGGCGGGGAAGAAGAAGAAAAAGGGAAGAAUUCAUGAAGUACGGUAUAUGGAUGUUAAUCAUGGAGUGGCCUUGGACGAUGAGGACGAGCUCGGUGGCGAUGACAAUGGCGGCGAGGACAUUGCUAAAGGGGAGGACAGUGAAAAUGAGAAUUUGGGUAGUGGUGAGUUGGUGGGGAAGAAGAGGAAGAAGGGAGAGUUGGCGGAUGAGAAACCGUCGAAGAAGUUGGCGAAGACGGUGAAGGAUAAAGAUGGCGCGAAAAGAAAGAGAGAUGGGUUGUCUGGUAAAGCGAAGAAGGAGAAUAGUGUUGAGAAGAAGACAGAUGAGGAUGUUUCGCGGGUCAAAGCGGUUAAAAGCAGAGAGGCUGGUGGAACUAAGGGGAAGAAGGAGAGUGUUGGGAAGUUGAAGAGUGGAGGAACAAAGCUGAAGGUUAAGAAAAGCAAAUAGUGGACUGAUUAACCAUGACUUUGGAGAUUUGGCUGCGGUUUUGGACUUAAACAAGUAUGUUUUUCAUAUUUGAGUCCUUUGGCAGAUUUUUUUUUUGUUAGUAUUCUAUCAAGUAAUUGAAGUUUUGAUCUUUUUUGUUAGUUUAUAAAGCAUUCAACUUCUUGGUGUCCCCAAUUCACAUCAUUCUGUAAUUUGAUUAUGGAGAGAACUUAUAAAAAUAGGUUGUGGUUUCAUUUCUCAUU